AUGACGCCUCCAGACGAAAACACCACCACGAGCGUUACCAGUUCUCGCGGGAGACGGCGAUCACAUCAUGCCUGCCUCACUUGCAGGCGCAAAAAGACACGCUGUCCUGGCGAAAAGCCGGCAUGCUCAAGUUGUGUCCGUCUUAAACAGUCAUGCUCUUAUCCGCCGGCGAUAAGACCCUCCCAGAGCGGCCCUUCGGAGGAGAGGCUGGCUCACUUGGAAGAGAAACUGGAUUUCCUGCUGAGUGGAAGCUUGUACACAAGCCCCAGCCAGCAGCAACAACAACAACAACAACAAGAUACCGCCUUUGAAGAGAACACGGAUACUUCUGAAAAGUCGUAUUCAGGGCAUCCUCUUGGUCGUGAACCGAGCUAUCCGACCAGCCACCCCUCAGUCAAGUCGUCGGACUGCGAAAGUUCGACGCUGAGACCGAGCCCAGCCGACAUCGCCUGUGGCAUCGCCCUCUACUUUGAGUUUUGCCAUCGGCAGCCCAUCUGGUGCUUUGAGCGUGACGAGGUCAAUGACUUUGCCUCUCUGCAUGAUGAGUUGGCUUGCAGUAUCCUCGCUUUGACGUUGCGCUUCUCGGAGAAUCGUGAUCAGUCGCAGCUAUAUGGCAACAAUGCCAAGAGUUUGAUCAUGCUCCGGAUCGCAAACGGAACAGUGGAUCUUGCUACUCUCGAGAGCUUGUGUCUACUAUCCUAUUCUUCUUUUAUGGAUGGAAACGUUCAUCUCGGCCAGUUCCAUCUCGGCCUGGCCUUCCAGCUCUGCCGCUCUGCCAUGCUCGAUCUUGAAAGCGUAUAUGGCAUAGAUGAUCCGCAGGCAGAUCGCAAGAAGAGACUUUUCUGGAGUCUUCAGAUGCUGGAGCAGUCAUAUGGCCGACAAGAAGGUCUGUUGAGUGUUCCAACCGAGAUUUGGCGGCCAUCCUAUUCUUCAUAUCGCGGGCACCACUCCGGCGCAGACCCAAGAGCACCAAGAUUACCGAGAGACGAUCUUGGAUGCUCAUUACCAAACGAACCUGGAAUUUGGAACACAAGUGUCCAUCUGGGUUGGGUCUGGAGUCAAGUCAGGAAAUACGUCUCUGACUGUGCUCACAACAACCUCAAAGAACCCUGGCGUCACGAUUCCAUGUACGCCAAAGUCCUAGCCGACUUUAUGGAGACGGAAAAUAGGAUCCCCAUGUGUCAUCGGUACGACACGGUCAAGUUUUAUGAGCGCAAGGUUGAGGAUCUCAAGAUGCACCGCGACUAUUGGGCGCCGUGGUUGAAGGAGCAGUUCACGUACCACGUGAUUCCUACUGUUCUCAACCAUCCGUUUCUCUACAUUGUUGGUGCUCAGCACAACCCCAAUCUUGCUAUUCCGAAUACCUUUUGGAGGAGGUCGUCAGAGCUGGCAUUGCUACACUCAACUUGGAUCGUUCGCAUGAUCGAUAUGGUUGUGGAUAAGCAAGUACCGUUGGCGGAUCCCUUCUUUGGACAUGUCGCGGCUAUCGCAGCAACAGUGCAUUUGUACUAUUGCUGCGCUGCUGCUACAAGACUCAAGCACAAGUCAAACACGGACUUUGCAAAGUGCAGGAGGUUUCUCAAGGGCUUCAUCCCAACCUCAGCUGCCUGCAGAGCCUUGGAUCGCAAUCUGGACAAGAUGACACGGAUCGCUGCCGGCUCUGACACCAUGGACGUCGAAGAUUGGAUGCCAUCCAAGAUCUACCUCAGCGUACCUUUGAUGUGGAAGAUUCUGCAAUUCAACACCGUCGCCGACUCCCACGAAAUUCCACACGCCGGUCUCCUAGAUUCCUCUCUCGUACCAGUCAUGGCCAACGAAGACACGAGCGAAAACAUGACUCUCGAGAUCAUCGUUGCCACUUCACCAGAGAUCAGCAUCAACACAGCAGAUGGCGGACAAGAAGCACCCACCAUGUCGUACAAACCCACCGUUUCGUCAUCAUCACAACCUGACUCUGCGCGGGACACUGUCAGCGACGAAGUCCCUGUGGAUGACAGCCUCACGCUGUGCACAACACCAUGGCUGUAUGCAGACUCAUCACAGUUUGUCAACAUAGGGGACAUGGGCUAUGACGACUCGCAGCCUGCCAUCAGCGAGAACAGAGGUUCUGCGUGGUGGGAAGGUGAAAAUUUUAGUAAUAUCAUGUUUAAUCACUUUUAG